UUGGAAUAAAUUAGAAUUAGUGUUAAGCAGAAGGCAGAAUGGGUAACUUAUACGGUGACAACGGUGGAGUUGAUCAAGAACACCAGCAAAAUACUGAUUUCGAUAAAUAUUGCAAUAAAAUGCAAGCAACAUUAGUGGCGGAUACGCCUAACUGUGGUAGUGGCACAUCCACAGGAGAUUUACGUGCACGUAAAAAUGGAUUCAAGGCUAAUGAGACGGAGGCCGCACCUGCUAAUGGUUGCUUAAAGAAUUGUUCCACUAACUCCACGACCUGUCAUCAAGCGAAAGGCAAAGUAUGCCCAAACAGCCGUCAAGCGCUGCUUACGCCAGCGAAAAAACUCAAAGAUUGGGCUGCGGAGCAUACCAGAAAGACGUCAUUCGAGGAAGUACCACUCCAUACUGCCUGCCUCACAUAUCUAGGCUUCUACUUGCUUAUGAUACUCGGCUAUAUAAACCAGUUGCUUUUCGUGCCGAAAGUUGCAAAAGAGGAGAACCGUGAUGGCUAUGUAACACUCUAUGAUGCCUUUGAGAGUUUCUACUCGCGUUAUGUGUAUCGACGUGUGCGCGAUUGUUGGAAUCGACCUAUUUGCAGUGUACCUGGUGAGGAGGUCACACUCAAGGAUCGCGUAACUAAUGAUUAUGGCUGGAGUUUUCAGUUUACUGGCACUGAGACACGUUGUUUGAAUUUGGGUUCAUAUAACUAUUUGGGUUUUGCCGAUGCCAAAGGACCCUGUGCAGAGCAAUCGGAACAGACCGCUCGCGAAAUGGGUCUGGCUAUGACUUCGACACGUGUAGAGUUGGGCACAACACAACUGCAUUUGGAUUUGGAACGUUUGACCGCACGCUAUUUGGGUGUAGAAGACGCGAUCGUAUUUGGCAUGGGUUUCGCAACGAAUGCGCUCAAUUUACCAUCACUCAUUUCGCCGGGUUGUCUUGUGUUGAGCGAUGAAAAGAAUCACGCAUCGAUUAUUUUAGGUCUACGGCUGUCGGGCGCUACCACAAAAGUAUUUAAGCAUAACAAUAUGCGCGAUUUGGAACGUGUCUUGCGCUACAAUGUGGUAAAUGGCAAUCCGAAAGCCGGUGGUAAACCAUGGAAGAAGAUCAUGAUUCUGGUGGAGGGUGUCUUCAGUAUGGAGGGCUCCAUUGUGCGUUUACCUGAGAUUAUUGCUUUAAAGAAAAAGUACAAGGCUUACUUGUAUUUGGAUGAAGCGCACAGCAUUGGCGCCAUGGGUCCGAAUGGUGGUGGUGCCGUGGAUUAUUUUGGCGUAGAUCCCAAAGAUGUCGACAUACUGAUGGGUACCUUCACGAAGAGUUUCGGUAGUGCUGGUGGCUAUAUUGCCGGUUCUAAGCGUUUAAUCGACUUUUUGCGCACAAACAGUCAUGCACAUUGCUAUGCUAGUAGCAUGUCGCCGCCUAUAGCACAGCAGAUCUACACUUCGAUGAGCAUGAUAAUGGGAGAGGAUGGCACCGAAACCGGUCGUCAGAAGAUCAAUCAGCUGGCGCGUAAUACACGCUAUUUCCGUCGACGCUUAGCACAAAUGGGCGUAAUCACCUACGGACAUGAGGACUCGCCGGUAGUGCCCAUGUUGGUGUACUUGUUUUCUAAAAUCGGUGCCGUUGUGCGCACAUUGACAACACGCCACAUCGCUGUUGUGGGUGUUGGUUUCCCGGCGACGCCCAUUAUGGAGGGGCGUAUACGUUACUGCCUAUCGGCAGCACAUACCAAAGAACAAUUAGACUAUGCACUAGAUGUCAUCGACGAGAUCAGUGAUACACUAGGCUUAAAGUACUCGCGGAAACCUCGCGAACCCAAUCCAAUUGAGUAUUGAAUAAGCACAACCCCCCGCUAAAAGAAACUCGCAAACUUAGUGCAUGUGUGUGUGUGUUUUGACAUUUAAAUUAAAUAAUGUGUCAAUAAUAAUGCAACCACUUUGAGUUUUCCCUAACAGUUAAGCUAAAAAGUAUAUGUAGUUGUGUUUAGUAGCUUUUGCUGCCUACAAGCUGAAUAUCUGCACUAAAUGUUAAAUUUACAUAAAAACAUUUUCAACAUGCAAACAUUGCAUUACUCGUAAUAUAAAUAGAAAAUAAAUCACAGUUAACAGUUUUACAGUUAAUUGCAAUUGAUCACUGUUUAAAUACUGAAUGCGCAAAUACGAACGAAUUUUGUUCGUAUGAUGUACUGCCGAUCCGGUUCAAAAGUGGAAAUGCUAAAUAAACAAAUUGGGUGGCAACGUUUGUGUUUGGUGAUUGGAUUGUGGAGUAUGAAACUUUUUCGCUAAAACUCUUCUAUUUAUGUAUGGUUACUUGAUAACACUGUAACGUUAGCAUUUAUUUAUUUAUGUUUAACAAUAAAUAUUUAUUUACGCGUACAAAUUCUGGUCCAGUCCACUGCUGUUGCUGUUGCUGUCGCCAACAUUACAAUAAAUACAUUGAACCACGCUAUUAGUAAUGCUACAGUGGCAAAGUUUAUUAUUGCCAUUUUAUAUUGCAAGUAUUUUGUGCUAUUUUUAUCAACUAAUGCCGUUAUGUGUAUAGUAUUGCAUGAUUAUUGAUGUAUUUUAUUUCAUUUGUAUUUUUAGUUUACUCUUAAUUAAACUACUUAUAAUGAGAUAAUUAUAAUAAAGUCGAACAAUCAACAAAAUUUCCUCAACUGAAAUAA